CCAACGCAGUUUAUUAACUCGUUUUUUUGUUAACCGGUUGAUCAAGCGCAAAAAAGAGGGGGAAAAGGAAAGGAAAAAAAGGCCACCGACGCGGAGGGGAGUGGCUUCGUCGGCCGACCAAAAAUAGCCAGGUAGAACCCAAAUCGAAGAAGGGGAAACAAGGUGGAGUAGAUCUGGCUAACAUUGGGGGGUUGAGGGCGAGGAAGGCGGGCAGCGCGCUGGAAAACGAGGACGCGGAGGAGUGCCGGCCGUGGCGCCGACGACUAUCAUCCAUGGCCAUCUCCUGGUCUGCCCUCUUCCGCGUCUCCCUCCUCUUCCUCCUCAUCGCCGCCAUCGCCACCGCCUUCAUCACUCUACCUGUCGAGAAGAUUCUGAAGGAUUUUCUAGUGUGGGUGAAGCAGAAUCUUGGUCCAUGGGGUCCCAUAGUCCUGGCUCUUGCUUAUAUUCCUUUGACUGUGUUGGCUGUUCCAGCGUCGGUACUUACGCUUGGUGGUGGGUAUCUUUUUGGGUUGCCCAUUGGCUUUAUUGCUGACUCAAUUGGAGCAACACUUGGUGCAACUGCUGCAUUUCUACUUGGAAGAACGAUAGGAAGGCCAUAUGUGAUUUCCAAGUUGAAGAAUUAUCCCAAAUUUCAAGCAGUUGCUAUUGCAAUUCAGAGAUCUGGAUUCAAGGUACCUAACUUCAACUCUUGCAAUAUUCCUUUAGCUACUUGUUAAUCUUCUUUGCUCUAU